CUCAAAAUUUAAAUUUAAUUACACUUGAUGCCCGUUUUCCAUCGUCAGUGACAUCAGAAGCGAUAUCCUCGCCAUCGUCAGCCAAACCACCGCCAGCCCGAAAGCAACUCGAGUUCAACGUCGGUCGUACCGUGUGCAGCAACAGUUCCUUCGAUGUUGGAGUAUCCUCUCCACUGGGGGCUCGCAGCCGCUAUGACAAACUUUGCCUGCUAAAUGUUAGGACCAGAGCGACCGGCGAUUCCAGGGAUCGCUUUCCGCCCGAGCUGCGUGAAGUGGAAAGGCAGAUCAGCCUGGUGCUCACCAAACGGAAGGUCGAACGACAAAUUUUCGGUGAGCGCUUCUACGACGUGUCCUACAGCGUGAAUGGGUUUAGUUUUAUUUAUCCUUCGGUGCUGAUGUUACAACGAAAAUUCAACGAUGAUGCCGAUUUGGAGCACAUUAUUUGCAGCAACAGUAGCGGCUACCGACGGAUGCCAAAAAAAAUGUCAUCAAAACCGUGGAUGAGGCCUGCGAAUGUGUUCAUGUUGAGUCUGUGA